CAUGUCACCGUGCAUCGACUACACGAUUAGUUCAACUCAAUAAAUAUUUUCAUUCUUUCACGACGCCAUUUUUGCUCUGCCAAAGUCAGUCUAACACAAAAUCUGUACGCUGCCGAGUUCAUUCGGCGAGUUUUGAUUUUUGGUCAUUUUAUUUUUGCUUCAUCGAAAUCAAAAGCCUAUUUUGUGAAGAAAAGCACCGAAAUUGCAUCGCAAUGAAUGGUCACGGUACAGAGCCGCCUGAUAAACACAAAUUCGAUGCCAUCGCGUUGAAAAACGCAUUGAUUUCGUGCGGAAUGCAAAUCAAACUGGAGCCAACCGUCAAACAAGAGUCUGAAAGCCCCGACGAAAUAUUGAUGGUGUCGCGAUCAAUACACCCAGCCAUUGGGUUGCUCGACAAUUCGAUUGGUGGGGAAGAAGCGGAUGACAGCGACGAUUGCUUUGGUUUCCACGAUCUGGAUGAGAUGAAAUCGGAAGUGAAGAUUGAAAAGAUGAAGGAAGAGGCGAAUCAAGUUCCACGGAUGAGCUCUAACAAAGAUGAAAGGCUACAAAGCAAUGCAAAGAAGCGUUUCCCGAAAGCGAAAUCAGGUGGAUCAAAUCACCAUUUUGCGGCGAAGAAAUUUACAGCCAAAACCGGGAAAAGUGGCAAAGCAAAAAGUUUUGGUAUCAACAAGGUGCUAGCUGAAGGCAAGGCAAAUGGAAAGCGACACAAGUGUUCAUUGUGCGACUAUCACGCUUCUUACAAAAGCAAUUUGACAAGGCACAUGCUUAAGCACACUGGCGAACGACCAAUUCCAUGCAGCGUUUGUCCAAAACGAUUCACAACAAAACGGAGUCUCCAAUCGCACAUUGAAACACACGUCGAUGAAUUUCGGUUCAGCUGCUCAAUUUGUUUGCAAGGAUUUCAUCUCAGCGAGGAGAAAGUGAAACAUGAGACCGGUUGCAAGCACCGAAAUUGCGUGGCAAUGAAUGGUCACGGCAGAGAGCCGCCUGAUAAACACGAAUCGGAUGACAUCGCCAUUCGGAAUGACUCGAUUUUGUGUGAAAUGGAAAUAAAACUGGAGCCGACCGUUAAACAAGAGCUACAAGAUGACGACGGUACUGUGAUGGUGUCGCGGUCAACACACACUCGAGCCAAUCGAUCUUCUGGUGAAUCUAAUGGCGGUACAGAAAUGAAUAGCUCCGACGUUUGCUCCGAUUUCUACGAUCUGGAUGAAGUGAAAUCGGAAGCCAAGAUUGAACAAGUUACAGACGAGGCGAAUCAUGUCAAUGCUCCACGAGAGAGCUCCGACAAAAGUCAAACUCCGCAAAACAGUGGAAGAAAGCGUUUAUCGAAAGCAAACGGCCAGAAGUCAAGUGGAUUGGAUGGUGGUGCAAAUAAAAAACUCAAUACUCUCAGUUCAGGUGACAAGAAGGCAAAUCAAAAACUGCAGAAGUGUUCAUUAUGCGAUUAUUGCACUUUCAGAAAAGAUCAUUUGACGAGACAUAUGUUCAAGCACACUGGUGAACGACCAUUUCCAUGCAGCGUGGGCCAGAAACGAUUCACAUCAAAACAAAGUCAACAAUCGCACAUGAAAAGACACGUCCAUGAAUUUCUGUUCAGUUGUUCAAAUUGUUCGCAAGGAUUUCAUCGCAACGAGGAGAAGGCGGAACACGAAUACGGUUGCAACGUACAUCGCUACGAGUGUCAUCUGUGUAAGGAAUUCUCUGCAUUGAUUAAGACGAAUUUGAAACGUCAUCUGCGCGUGCAUACCGACAACCUGGACUCAUCGAAAAAUUCGAAAGUCACCGCACACCGAAAUUGCGUCGGAUUAAAUGGUCACGAUAGAGAGCCGCCUGAUAAAUACGAAUCGGAUGACAUCGCUAUUCAGAAUGACUCGAUUUUGUGUGGAAUGGAAAUCAAACAGGAGCCGACCGUCAAACAAGAGCAAGGUGGUAACGACAAUAUUUUGAUGGUGUCAAGAUCAGCACACACAGCCAAUGGAAGACUCGUCAAUGCGAUUGGAAGCAAGCAAGUGAAUGAUACAAACCUUUGCUUCGAUUUCUACGCUCUGGAUGAGGUAAAAUCGGAAGUGGAGAUCGAUAAGGUUAAGAACGAAGCAAAUCAAGUAGCUUGCAAAGGUUGUCACGAUAAUCACAGCCCACAGAAAAAUCCGGUGAAACGUCUGCCAAAUGGAAACAAACAGAAGUCAAGUGGAUGGAAUGGUGGUGCAGCAAAGUCCGAUAGAAAGAACAAUGCAAACAGUUUUGAUGACAAGAAGAAACCAGGUGAAGGUAAUGCAAUAGGAAAGCGACACAAGUGUUCAUUGUGCGAUUAUUGCACGUUCAGAAAAAGUGAUUUGACAAAACACAUGCUCAAGCACACCGGCGAACGACCAUUUCCAUGCAGCGUGUGCCAGAAACGAUUCACCAAAAAACAACAUCUCCAAUCGCACAUGAAAAGACACGUCGAUGAAUUUCUGUUCAGUUGUUCAAUUUGUUUGCAAGGAUUUCAUCGCAGCGAGGAGAAGGUGGAACACGAAUCCGGUUGCAAGGUUCGUCGCUAUGAGUGUUAUCUGUGCACGGAAUACUCUACAUUGCAUAAGACGCAUUUCAAACAUCAUCUACGUGUACAUACCGGCGAGAGACCAUUCGAAUGCGACCAAUGCUUGAAGAAAUUCAACCAAUCAAGUAUUUUGAAACGCCACCUCAAAUCUCACGCCAAUCCUCGUCCAUUGAAAUUCAAAUGUUCAUCUUGCUUCAAGAACUUCGCACAACAGAAGGAAAAAGAAAACCAUAAAGCCAACUGCAAGCGACGCGGAUACCGAUGUGACUUAUGCAACAGCUACACAACCGAUGUGAAGGCAAACUUCAUGAGACACAUGCGUGUCCACACUGGAGAAAAGCCAUUCCGAUGUGAAGUAUGCUCAAAGUGCUUCUCGCAAAAGGUUGAUCUCAACCAACACAAGAAAAUUCACAAGUGACUGUAUGCUGCC